AAAACCGUUACGUUGGUGAUGUCCAGUAAUGAUUUUUCCUCACCUGUAUGUGCGAAGCAAACUUUCGCGUAAUGAAAAAUGUCAUACAGGCCCCAAGAAAAAGGAUUCAUGGAGUUCAAGUAGCAGUAAACUCUCUGAGGAAUAGAGGAAGAGAACUUCGGUCACUUUUCGCUUAGUGAUUUGUCUCCCUCGUUUUCAAGAAUAGGAGUCAUGGUUCGAAUCCAAACCAGUAUUUCCCACCAGAUGAAACACAUAUAUUUUAUUAUCUAUUAUUAUAUUGUUAAAUAAUUGAAAGC